AUGGAUAACGCUUCUGUCAUUGAAAAUUCCUACCUUGCAAUUGAACUAACCAGUCCUAGAGAGAUUCAGAGAAUAUGUUCCAAAUUUGCACAUUGGAGAGUGAUUCUUCAGGAUGAAUUUGUUCACACCUUGGCUACAAAGCAAUGUGUGUCCAACAUUUUUGUGGGAAGUUCAAAUUAUGUAAAGCUACAGUGUUGUCAUUGCAAAUCUAUUCCAGAUGAGCCUGCACUAUGCUUGCUGUGUGGCAAAUUAUGUUCUCCAAGCUGGAAAUAUUGUUGCAGAGAGAACAGUUGCUUAGAGCAUGCAAUGACCUGUGGUGCUGGUGUUGGUGUAUUUCUGUUGGUCAGGAAGACUACAAUAUUAUUACUAGGAUCUGUGCGUCUGGCAGCACGCCAUCUCCAUGUUGGAUGCCCUAUGGAGAGGGUAACAACUAUUAGUUCAGUUAUACUUUAA